GUGAGUACAAUUUCCACGACAUAGCUUCAUUUGUUUCGGCUUCGAAAUCUUCCAUUUGAACAUCUUCAGUUCUGAGAGGAAAAGAGUGGGACAAUGGCCAUCUUCAUGACUGGCAAUCCAUUGGCACUCACUUUUGGAGUUCUCGGUAAUAUCAUAUCGAUUGUAGUCUUUUUGGCCCCAGUGCCAACAUUUUGUAGGGUAUGCAGGAGGAAGUCCACUGAAGGGUUUGAAUCAGUUCCAUACGUGGUCUCUCUGUUCAGCGCCAUGCUUUGGCUGUACUAUGCAUCCCUCAAGUCCGAGUCCGGCGCUUUCCUACUCAUCACGGUAAACUCGGUCGGAUGCGUCAUAGAGACCAUCUACAUUGGUCUCUACCUUGCUUAUGCUCCCAAACAAGCCAGGAUGCUGACACUGAGGCUGCUGAUCCUGCUGAAUUUUGGAGGGUAUUGUUCCAUUCUUCUUCUGUCCCACUUCUUGGCAAAGGGAUCGACGAGGGUCCAACUUCUUGGGUGGAUUUGCGUUGCGCUCUCCAUUGCAGUCUUCGCUGCUCCUCUAAGCGUCAUUAGAAUGGUGAUACGCACCAAGAGCGUGGAGUUCAUGCCCUUCUCUUUAUCGUUCUUCCUCACGCUCAGCGCCGUGACAUGGCUCCUAUAUGGCCUAUUCCUUAAGGACUUGUAUGUCGCGGGUCCAAACGUGUUAGGAGUCAUCUUUGGAGUGCUUCAGAUGGCACUGCAUGCCAUAUACAGGAAGGGGAAUAUGACAGUGAUGGAGGAGGAGAAGAAUGAUACCAGUAUUGGGAAGCUGAGCUGUGAUAUACAAAGUUGCAAUGCGCACGCCAUUGCCUCCCACAUCAAUACCAUCGUCUUGGACAAGGACAAAGAGAAGUGCGAGAGAAGCUUCAUCGUCUUUAUUGAAGCUUCUGAUAAAGGAUCAGUGGCCACCCCAUCUGAAGUUUGACAGGCUUUUUUUUCCUUUUUUCAGCAGCUCCUAGCUAGCUUGCUCAGUGUAUGCGUGCGCGCAGGCGCUUGGGAUGGUGGAGGGGUGUUUGUGAAUGUUUUGACUCGUUUUCCUGAUAGCACGGUUACCAGAUGCAUUACUCUUUGAGAAACAGAUCCAGAUACCCUCCGUCCUUCGCCGAUUGGUUGCCCGCUCAUGGAACAUCUUUCUUCCUUUGAAGUCCAGCUAGUUUGGAUCAUGAGCCAAGAUACAGGACAGUUUGGGAGACCCUUUUACAUUCAUCUGGUAAUUUGCCUCUUCAUCAGAAUACAACUGGGGUCACAUAAUGCGUCCCCUUCUUACUCUGUCAACUUCUCAAUUUAUGAGAAGUUUGCUCAAGUGGUUAAUAAACUCACCAAGGAUAGCUUGUACCAUUAGGCACAGAUUCAACCGGAUCGUCAACCCGGUUAUUACACAAUAUCAUAGUUAAAAGCCCACUCAGAGCACACCAUAGAUAU